UGAGACCCUCUCGAGGACAGGUUCACUUCUACUCUUUAUAUCGCCUUUUGUGGAUGUGCUCUGCAAACAUUAUGACAAAACAAAACAAAAAUGGCAAAGCAUCUUCUGAAAGACCUCUAAACCCGAAGGUUGUUUCAUCGACUGGCAUCAGCGUGAGGAACAAGCAAACAUCUGACAGCUGGGCAAAUCCAUGACUGGGACACAGCAGAUUUUGAUCUUCUAAAUCAAGAACUAUGGACACGGCCGCGGCGAAUCGAUCAGACUGUCCCGAGGUGAGGGUCCCCGUCCCUCUCUUCUUCACCAUUGGUGUGGUGAGCCUGGCCGAGAACCUGCUGGUGGUGGUGGCCGUCAUACGGAACAGGAACCUCCACUCGCCCAUGUACUGCUUCAUCUGCAGCCUGGCGGCCUUCAACACCAUCGCCAGCCUCACCAAGACCUGGGAGAACCUGAUGAUCGUGUUUGCCAACAUAGGACUCCUGGAGAAGAAAGGUCCAUCUGAGACGAACGUGGACGACGUGUUGGACUCCCUGCUGUGUAUGUCGUUUGUGGGCUCCAUUGUCAGUUUCCUGGCUAUUGCAGCGGACCGUUACAUCAGCAUCUUCCACGCGCUUCGCUACCACAACAUCAUGACGAUGCGGCGCACAAGGGCCGUCUUGGGAGUCAUCUGGACGCUAUGCGGCGUGUCCGCCGUGCUUAUGGUGAGGUUCUUCGACUCCAACUUCAUCAUGAUCUGCUUCGUCGUCUUCUUCGUCGUCUCCCUGGCGAUCAUCUGCUUCCUUUACGUAUACAUGUUCAUGCUGGCGCGCAUCCACGCGAGGAAGAUCGCGGCUCUGCCCGCCAGCAAUGGUGGCCGGCGGCGGCGGCGGCGGUGGGGCAGCGGCAUGAGAGGGGCCUUGACACUCACCAUUCUGUUUGGGGCGUUCGUAGUGUGUUGGGCGCCAUUUUUUCUUCAUCUCAUCAUCAUCAUGUUGUGCCCAACGAACCCGUAUUGUGAGUGUUAUCGCUCGCUGUUCCAGCUGCACGUGGUGCUGCUGAUGAGCCACGCCUUCAUCGACCCGGCCAUCUACGCCUUCCGCAGCGUCGAGCUCAGACACACCUUCAGGAAGAUGCUGCUGUGUUCAGACUGGAAGAGAUGCUCAUAGAGAGGAUCUGUUGAUUUAAAGGGUUGCCCUUUACUUAGAUACUGCGGCGUAUUGCAUAUAUUAACACCUGGGGACAAAAAAUACAAACAUCCAACGUACAGGUUUUCUACAGCAAAACCACUUGGCAUUUGGAGGUAAAUCAAGCUUCCUGAAACCCGAGGAUUUAGUGUCCCUGGAGCUGGAAUGUAAUUUGUAUUUGUUUUCAUUCACCUGGGUUAUGGAUAGAACGGAUUCAUCUGAAAGAAAUAUGACGUCAUGUGAGGGCUGGGGGAAAGCAAAGGAGUCGGGGUUUGGAAGUUAAUGCAAGGUGGUCUGCUGAACAUCACGAUCAAAAAGCGUCGCCAGAACUGUGCACCUCUGACCUGCCUUCGUUUAUCGGCCUUGCUAGCUGUGUAACUAUCGAUCCCUCGCUCCAUCCGUCCGUCUCAGGACCUGGAUGCGAUCCUCUUAUUUACUUCCCCUCGUGCCAAAAUGAUCCUUCUGCACCACAUUCACGAGGCAACAUUUCCCAGAGCACCUUGAACUCAAAGGACAUUAUUUAGCAACAGGGAGCAUUUGUAACCUUUUGAAUUCUAUUAUUCAGAGGACCACAUUUGACCUCAGCUCCUGGUGCAAACAUGAAUAGAAAAACAGUUCGGCGCUUUCUCUUUCAUCUCUUUGCUUUUAUUGCAGGCUCACAUAAAUACAAAAUAAACCCUUUGAAACAACGUGACCCACACUGCAUCACCGUUUCAAUUAAAGUUCACAUUUAUAUUUGUGCAUGCAACGACUUUACCAUUAACCUGGAAUAUGUCAACACAACUAUUAAGACGCUCUCGCUGUGUAUUAACAUGCAGUCAGCAUGUCGGCUUCACGCCUGUCCCGUGUCACACUCACUUUCAAUGUUUUUGCUUCUUUUUCACUGAAAUGAGAACUGUUGAUAUCUCAUGUUGAUGGUGGAUAAACAGCGAGUAAAAUGAAAAACAUGUUUUUUCUCAAAUAAAACACUUGAAGGGAAAAGAA